CAACGAGCACGCUGCUGAGAAGAACAGAUAUGAAUCGCUGUUCCUUGACAACUCCACGUGCAAUUGCUGCCUGCGCUGCUUGCUCGUCCAGUUGCUAUGACGCGCUAUGUUUGCUUUGGACUGCCCCGCGUACAUAAUAAACCUCCCCGCAACAACGAUCACCACACCGCAGUCAGAUCUCUUGGCCUGAUCGGAACGUCGCCACAGGAACAAUCAAAAUGUCCGACGACAAUCCUGACGUGCCCGCAGGGAGGAAGCGGUUCAUUCCCCUGGAGAACAAUCCCGAUGUUAUGUCCUCGCUGGUCCAUAAGCUUGGCCUGUCGACAAAACUUGCAUUCCAUGACGUCUUUAGCAUCGACGAGCCCGAACUGCUUGCUUUCGUGCCUCGGCCCGCCCAUGCCCUUCUCCUUGUCUUCCCUGUGAGCGAGACAUACGAGAAGUUCCGUCGCGAGGAGGACAAAGACAAGCCCGAGUAUGCAGGUCAUGGUGACAGUGAAGAGGUAGUAUGGUACAAGCAAACAAUUGGAAACGCUUGUGGGCUGAUUGGACUGCUCCACGGCGUGUCCAACGGAGCAGCACGCGCGAACAUUCUCCCCAACUCAGACUUGGCAAAACUUGUGCAAGACGCUAUUCCACUAAAACCGAUUGAGCGAGCCGAUCUGCUCUACGAGUCGGAAGCUCUCGAGAAAGCUCACCAAACCGCUGCCGGUGGCGGCGACACUAGAGCGCCUGACGCGGAAGACAACGUGGAUCUCCAUUAUGUCUGUUUUAUCAAAUCAAACGACAACAACCUGUGGGAGCUGGAUGGCCGAAGGAAGGGUCCUCUCAACCGUGGCAAGCUCUCUGCGGACGAAGAUGUGCUGAGUGAGAAGGCUCUCGCCUUGGGCCCACGCAGCUUUCUUAAGCGCGAGUCUGAGGCUGGAGGUGGUGACGUUCGCUUCAGUCUCAUCACUCUCGCUGAAUCACUGGACUAGCUACUUACGAAUUAGACGGUUCACGCUUCACGACACACGCUAUUAACCGGGGUCAAAAAUCACUUCAUCAAGGAUAAGACCAAAAUCUUCGUUGGGUUGUUCGUCUCAACCUCAGCGAGUAAGUUGUAUUGGACGAUCUGCUGCGAUGCACUUCAUGUUCAGUUCCCUAGCACAUCAUGGCAUUUGUAGCGCCUGCAUAUGAUGCAUCUAGCUUUUGGCAUUUCCAGGAGCCGACCUCUAUCCAGCUCAGCAUAUGGGGCAUGAAGAGAGCAAAGGGCGCCGAUCUUCGGAUUUUCAC